AUGGCAGUGGUGGUGACUUCUUGUGACUUUAACCAAGACAGUGACCCAUUCUGCGAUUUUAGCCAGGACACUACAGACAACAGUGAUUGGACCCGACAUAAAGGUCAAACUCCUACACCGUCCACUGGCCCUGAUGGAGACUACCCAGAUGGAGAGGGAUUCUACAUCUAUCACGAGUGUGACAAUGUGGCUAAUGGACAGGGAGCUCGUUUGCUGAGCCCUCCCAUCUCCUCAUCAGCCUCACAGAUCUGUGUUCAGUUUAACUACUACAUGUAUGGGACAGACAAUAUGAAUAUUUUGAGAGUUCUGGCAAAAACUCCUAGUAGUGAGGGGGAUGUGUGGAACAAGACUGGUAUCCAGAGUCCAUCCUGGUUGAAUGGUUCUGUCACCGUGUCCCAACCCAACAGUCAGAACCUCACUAUCGUCUUUGAGGCUCAAAGAGGCGUAUCUUCUUCCUGCGACUCAGCUCUGGACAACAUUGUCAUUACUGAAGGACCAUGUCCCUCUUGCUGUGAUUUUGACAUUUUUGAUGAUCUUUGUGGGUGGACGACUCAAACUGAGGUUCCUGAAAUACUUGGCUUCAUUCAGUGGUUAGGGCAAUCUGAGACUGAAGGCAGUGGACCUGAUAAUGACUUCUCUAAACCUGGACUUGGUCACUACAUGUUGUUGGAGUCUUCUGAAGCUAUCCCUGGAGUCAGUGCUCAGAUCACAAGUCCUUCAAUAACCCCCCCCUCUGGAUGUCUUGAGCUUACCUUCCACUACUACCUGUAUGGUACUAGUACCACCAUGCAGAUCAGUGUCCACACAAUCACCACAGAUGGAACUCUUGGAACUGCUCUUUUCACUAUCAAAGGGAACCAAGGGAAAGGCUGGAAGCCUGUAAAGGUCCGCUACCUGGGAACUGCUACUAUUAAGUUUGUGAUAGAGGGUACCUAUGGUGAAACCCCUCAGACAGAUAUUGCUGUUGAUGCUGUUUGUAUCAUGACCUGCAAAGUUCAGCCAACAACUCCUCUGCCACCAGUAACAACCCCUGGACCAACUACACCUAAACCAAGUACAUCCAAGCCACCAAACCCCUGCCCUCCUAACGCAGAGUAUAUUGAGUGUGGUCCAGCUUGUAUUCCCACCUGUAUGGAACCCUCCACCAACUGUUCUGGCUCCUGUAUCAGUGGCUGUUUCUGCAAACCAGGCUUUGUCUUCAAAGGAAGUCGUUGUGUGCCACUGGAAAAAUGUGGCUGUUUAGAUGACCAAAAUAACUAUUAUGAGCCUGGUGAGGUUGUGUUUGGAGACGGCUGCACAAAGCUGUGUCACUGUGCAGGGAACUACACUUUGGAAUGUGUUGACAAUUCCUGCGAUCCCACUGAAGAGUGUCGAGAGAUUAAUGGUGUUGCAGGCUGUUAUCCUAAAGGUACAUCCACUUGCAUAGCAUCUGGUGAUCCACACUACACCACUUUUGACAAACGCAAUUACAACUUCAUGGGCAACUGCAGCUAUCUGAUGUCUAGUCCAUGCAAUGACACAAGUGUGCCAUACUUUGAGGUCCAUGCUGACAAUGAAAAUCGGUAUAACACGCCAACCGUCUCAUAUGUGAAGGCUGUCCAUGUAUAUGCACACAUGAUGAAGAUCUCCAUUCUCAAAGGUGGCACUGUGCAGGUUAAUGGGACCAAUGUCAACCUGCCACUCUCCCCGGCCCCUGGUGUUUCUGUGUUCAAGUCAGGAAAACACUACACUGUCUCCAUGAACUUCGGUGUGACUGUUCGCUAUGAUGGAAACCACUUCAUGGACAUCAAAGUGAUCAAAGACUAUCAGAACAAGCUGUGUGGACUGUGUGGCGACUAUGAUGGAAAUACUAAAGAUGACUUCCGCAAACCAGAUGGAAGCUUGGCUGCCAAUGCCAAUGACUUUGGACACAGUUGGAACACGGAUCCCGAAUGUAAUAAGAAACCCAACACUACCAUCCCCGGGUGUGAUGAAGAAGACCGGGAACUGUAUGAAAGCUCUGGUUAUUGUGGCAUUCUGCUGGACAAAAAUGGCCCUUUUUCUGUGUGCCACCCAAAAGUCAACCCCAAUAAUUACUUCAAGGACUGUGUCUUUGACUUGUGUGAGCUGGAUGGAGCCAAGCCCAUUUUGUGUGAAGCCAUUGAAGCCUAUGUCAAUGAAUGCCAAGACCGUGGGGUCAGCAUUGGACAAUGGAGGAAUGAAACUUUCUGCCCACUAAGCUGCCCCCCCAACAGCCACUACGAACCCUGUGCAGAUCCUUGUCAGGAGACAUGUUUUGGAAGACCCCCCUCCUGCGCUGGUCCGUGCUCUGAGGCCUGUGUGUGUGAUCCCAGCUACGUCCUGAGUGCUGGCAAGUGCAUCAAGGAGGACUCGUGUGGCUGCAAGCACUCGAACGGUCAAUAUUAUGAGCCUGGAGAGGAGUUUUUUGAGGAAGACUGCAAGCAAAAGUGUCGGUGUGAUGCUGCCGGCAUUACCUGUGAACCCUCGGAAUGUCCCCCGAUGCACGAAUGUAAACUCCAGGAUGGAGAGCUGGGCUGCUAUCCCACUGGCUCCCAGGACUGUGUAGUCUCUGGGGAUCCUCACUACAACACAUUUGACAAGAAGUACUACAGUUUCAUGGGAACUUGUACUUACACGCUGGCCAGAACCUGUAGGAAUAGUACAGGUCCUUGGUUCUCUGUGGAGGGAAAGAAUGAGGAGAGAGGAGUUGCAGGAGUGUCAUACCUGAGAAAACUAUAUGUGACAGUGAAUGGAAUCACUGUGAUCCUGAUGAAGGCCAGGAGAACACUGGUGAAUGGACAACGGGUGGCUCUCCCCCACUCCCCCUCUCCUCUCAUGUCUGUUAGUCUUGCUGGUCAGUUCAUCACCCUUCAAACAUCUUUUGGCGUGAAGGUGCGUUGGGAUGGAAACCAUUAUGCCCAGAUCUCAGUUCCCAGCUCCUACUUUGACCAGAUGUGUGGCCUUUGCGGUGACUAUGAUGGGAACCCAGACAAUGACUUCACUAAACCCGAUGGCACCGUGGUAGGAAAUGCCAAUGAUUUUGGGAACAGCUGGCAGACAGAAGAAGAUGAAGAUGACUUCUGCACCCCAGGAACAAAGCCUGACCCGGACUGCGACCCCGACUUGGAGGCUGAAGUAGUAAAACCAGACAAAUGUGGUAAAAUUACAGACCCUGCUGGACCCUUCCGGGAGUGUAUCAAUGUAGUUAAUCCCACGCCAUUCUUCCAAAGCUGUGUGUAUGACAUGUGUCAGUUCAAUGGCCAGCAGCACGUGCUGUGUGACCAGCUCCAGGCCUACACUGACGCAUGCCAGAGUGCUGGAGCCAACGUCUACCAUUGGAGGACUCCUGACUUCUGCCCCCUGGCCUGUCCUCCCAACAGCUCCUACUCCCUGUGCGUGAGUUCAUGUCCUGAGACAUGUCUUGGUGUGGUCGGACCACAUGGCUGUGAGGACGUCUGUGUGGAGGGUUGCGAGUGUAACCCUGGCUUCAUUCUCAGCGACGCCAAAUGUGUGGCACUGAGAGACUGUGGCUGUGUGGACACUAGUGGAACCUAUCAUCCUUUGGGUGAUGACUGGUACUUGGAGGGUUGUGAGCAAAAGUGUAUGUGUCACAGUGGAGGUCUGAUACAGUGUCAUAACACCAGCUGUAACCCAGCCACUGAGAGCUGCCAACUACACGAUGGAGAAUAUGAAUGCCGCCCUCUGGACCCCUGCCCUCCUAACGCAGAGUAUAUUGAGUGUGGUCCAGCUUGUAUUCCCACCUGUAUGGAACCCUCCACCAACUGUUCUGGCUCCUGUAUCAGUGGCUGUUUCUGCAAACCAGGCUUUGUCUUCAAAGGAAGUCGUUGUGUGCCACUGGAAAAAUGUGGCUGUUUAGAUGACCAAAAUAACUAUUAUGAGCCUGGUGAGGUUGUGUUUGGAGACGGCUGCACAAAGCUGUGUCACUGUGCAGGGAACUACACUUUGGAAUGUGUUGAUAAUUCCUGCGAUCCCACUGAAGAGUGUCGAGAGAUUAAUGGUGUUGCAGGCUGUUAUCCUAAAGGUACAUCCACUUGCAUAGCAUCUGGUGAUCCACACUACACCACUUGUGACAAACGCAAUUACAACUUCAUGGGCAACUGCAGCUAUCUGAUGUCUAGUCCAUGCAAUGACACAAGUGUGCCAUACUUUGAGGUCCAUGCUGACAAUGAAAAUCGGUAUAACACGCCAACCGUCUCAUAUGUGAAGGCUGUCCAUGUAUAUGCACACAUGAUGAAGAUCUCCAUUCUCAAAGGUGGCACUGUGCAGGUUAAUGGGACCAAUGUCAACCUGCCACUCUCCCCGGCCCCUGGUGUUUCUGUGUUCAAGUCAGGAAAACACUACACUGUCUCCAUGAACUUCGGUGUGACUGUUCGCUAUGAUGGAAACCACUUCAUGGACAUCAAAGUGAUCAAAGACUAUCAGAACAAGCUGUGUGGACUGUGUGGCGACUAUGAUGGAAAUACUAAAGAUGACUUCCGCAAACCAGAUGGAAGCUUGGCUGCCAAUGCCAAUGACUUUGGACACAGUUGGAACACGGAUCCCGAAUGUAAUAAGAAACCCAACACUACCAUCCCCGGGUGUGAUGAAGAAGACCGGGAACUGUAUGAAAGCUCUGGUUAUUGUGGCAUUCUGUUGGACAAAAAUGGCCCUUUUUCUGUGUGCCACCCAAAAGUCAACCCCAAUAAUUACUUCAAGGACUGUGUCUUUGACUUGUGUGAGCUGGAUGGAGCCAAGCCCAUUUUGUGUGAAGCCAUUGAAGCCUAUGUCAAUGAAUGCCAAGACCGUGGGGUCAGCAUUGGACAAUGGAGGAAUGAAACUUCUGCCCCUUUUGUGGUCUCCUUAGCACUAAGCUGCCCCCCCAACAGCCACUACGAACCCUGUGCAGAUCCUUGUCAGGAGACAUGUUUUGGAAGACCCCCCUCCUGCGCUGGUCCGUGCUCUGAGGCCUGUGUGUGUGAUCCCAGCUACGUCCUGAGUGCUGGCAAGUGCAUCAAGGAGGACUCGUGUGGCUGCAAGCACUCGAACGGUCAAUAUUAUGAGCCUGGAGAGGAGUUUUUGAGGAAGACUGCAAGCAAAAGUGUCGGUGUGAUGCUGCCCGGCAUUACCUGUGAACCCUCGGAAUGUCCCCCGAUGCACGAAUGUAAACUCCAGGAUGGAGAGCUGGGCUGCUAUCCCACUGGCUCCCAGGACUGUGUAGUCUCUGGGGAUCCUCACUACAACAUUGACAAGAAGUACUACAGUUUCAUGGGAACUUGUACUUACACGCUGGCCAGAACCUGUAGGAAUAGUACAGGUCCUUGGUUCUCUGUGGAGGGAAAGAAUGAGGAGAGAGGAGUUGCAGGAGUGUCAUACCUGAGAAAACUAUAUGUGACAGUGAAUGGAAUCACUGUGAUCCUGAUGAAGGCCAGGAGAACACUGGUGAAUGGACAACGGGUGGCUCUCCCCCACUCCCCCUCUCCUCUCAUGUCUGUUAGUCUUGCUGGUCAGUUCAUCACCCCAACAUCUUUUGGCGUGAAGGUGCGUUAUGGAAACCAUUAUGCCCAGAUCUCAGUUCCCAGCUCCUACUUUGACCAGAUGUGUGGCCUUUGCGGUGACUAUGAUGGGAACCCAGACAAUGACUUUACUAAACCCGAUGGCACCGUGGUAGGAAAUGCCAAUGAUUUUGGGAACAGCUGGCAGACAGAAGAAGAUGAAGAUGACUUCUGCACCCCAGGAACAAAGCCUGACCCGGACUGCGACCCCGACUUGGAGGCUGAAGUAGUAAAACCAGACAAAUGUGGUAAAAUUACAGACCCUGCUGGACCCUUCCGUGUAUUCAAUGUAGUUAAUCCCACGCCAUUCUUCCAAAGCUGUGUGAUGACAUGUGUCCAGUUCAAUGGCCAGCAGCACGUGCUGUGUGACCAGCUCCAGGCCUACACUGACGCCAUGCAGAGUGCUGGAGCCAGUCACCAUUGGAGGACUCCUGACUUCUUGCCGUAAGUUCUCACUACCCUGGCCUGUCCUCCCAACAGCUCCUACUCCCUGUGCGUGAGUUCAUGUCCUGAGACAUGUCUUGGUGUGGUCGGACCACAUGGCUGUGAGGACGUCUGUGUGGAGGGUUGCGAGUGUAACCCUGGCUUCAUUCUCAGCGACGCCAAAUGUGUGGCACUGAGAGACUGUGGCUGUGUGGACACUAGUGGAACCUAUCAUCCUUUGGGUGAUGACUGGUACUUGGAGGGUUGUGCAAAGUGUAUGUGUCACAGUGGAGGUCUGAUGCAGUGUCAUAACACCAGCUGUAACCCAGCCACUGAGAGCUGCCAACUACACGAUGGAGAAUAUGAAUGCCGCCCUCUGGUAUACCCCUGCCCUCCUAACGCAGAGUAUAUUGAGUGUGGUCCAGCUUGUAUUCCCACCUGUAUGGAACCCUCCACCAACUGUUCUGGCUCCUGUAUCAGUGGCUGUUUCUGCAAACCAGGCUUUGUCUUCAAAGGAAGUCGUUGUGUGCCACUGGAAUGUGGCUGUUUAGAUGACCAAAAUAACUAUUAUGAGCCUGGUGGUGUGUUUGGAGACGGCUGCACAAAGCUGUGUCACUGUGCAGGGAACUACACUUUGGAAUGUGUUGACAAUUCCUGCGAUCCCAGAGAGUGUCGAGAGAUUAAUGGUGUUGCAGGCUGUUAUCCUAAAGGUACAUCCACUUGCAUAGCAUCUGGUGAUCCACACUACACCACUUUUGAACGCAAUUACAACUUCAUGGGCAACUGCAGCUAUCUGAUGUCUAGUCCAUGCAAUGACACAAGUGUGCCAUACUUUGAGGUCCAUGCUGACAAUGAAAAUCGGUAUAACACGCCAACCGUCUCAUAUGUGAAGGCUGUCCAUGUAUAUGCACACAUGAUGAAGAUCUCCAUUCUCAAAGGUGGCACUGUGCAGGUUAAUGGGACCAAUGUCAACCUGCCACUCUCCCCGGCCCCUGGUGUUUCUGUGUUCAAGUCAGGAAAACACUACACUGUCUCCAUGAACUUCGGUGUGACUGUUCGCUAUGAUGGAAACCACUUCAUGGACAUCAAAGUGAUCAAAGACUAUCAGAACAAGCUGUGUGGACUGUGUGGCGACUAUGAUGGAAAUACUAAAGAUGACUUCCGCAAACCAGAUGGAAGCUUGGCUGCCAAUGCCAAUGACUUUGGACACAGUUGGAACACGGAUCCCGAAUGUAAUAAGAAACCCAACACUACCAUCCCCGGGUGUGAUGAAGAAGACCGGGAACUGUAUGAAAGCUCUGGUUAUUGUGGCAUUCUGCUGGACAAAAAUGGCCCUUUUUCUGUGUGCCACCCAAAAGUCAACCCCAAUAAUUACUUCAAGGACUGUGUCUUUGACUUGUGUGAGCUGGAUGGAGCCAAGCCCAUUUUGUGUGAAGCCAUUGAAGCCUAUGUCAAUGAAUGCCAAGACCGUGGGGUCAGCAUUGGACAAUGGAGGAAUGAAACUUUCUGCCCACUAAGCUGCCCCCCCAACAGCCACUACGAACCCUGUGCAGAUCCUUGUCAGGAGACAUGUUUUGGAAGACCCCCCUCCUGCGCUGGUCCGUGCUCUGAGGCCUGUGUGUGUGAUCCCAGCUACGUCCUGAGUGCUGGCAAGUGCAUCAAGGAGGACUCGUGUGGCUGCAAGCACUCGAACGGUCAAUAUUAUGAGCCUGGAGAGGAGUUUUUUGAGGAAGACUAAGCAAAGUGUCGGUGUGAUGCUGCCGGCAUUACCUGUGAACCCUCGGAAUGUCCCCCGAUGCACGAAUGUAAACUCCAGGAUGGAGAGCUGGGCUGCUAUCCCACUGGCUCCCAGGACUGUGUAGUCUCUGGGGAUCCUCACUACAACACAUUUGACAAGAAGUACUACAGUUUCAUGGGAACUUGUACUUACACGCUGGCCAGAACCUGUAGGAAUAGUACAGGUCCUUGGUUCUCUGUGGAGGGAAAGAAUGAGGAGAGAGGAGUUGCAGGAGUGUCAUACCUGAGAAAACUAUAUGUGACAGUGAAUGGAAUCACUGUGAUCCUGAUGAAGGCCAGGAGAACACUGGUGAAUGGACAACGGGUGGCUCUCCCCCACUCCCCCUCGCCUCUCAUGUCUGUUAGUCUUGCUGGUCAGUUCAUCACCCUUCAAACAUCUUUUGGCGUGAAGGUGCGUUGGGAUGGAAACCAUUAUGCCCAGAUCUCAGUUCCCAGCUCCUACUUUGACCAGAUGUGUGGCCUUUGCGGUGACUAUGAUGGGAACCCAGACAAUGACUUUACUAAACCCGAUGGCACCGUGGUAGGCAAUGCCAAUGAUUUUGGGAACAGCUGGCAGACAGAAGAAGAUGAAGAUGACUUCUGCACCCCAGGAACAAAGCCUGACCCGGACUGCGACCCCGACUUGGAGGCUGAAGUAGUAAAACCAGACAAAUGUGGUAAAAUUACAGACCCUGCUGGACCCUUCCGGGAGUGUAUCAAUGUAGUUAAUCCCACGCCAUUCUUCCAAAGCUGUGUGUAUGACAUGUGUCAGUUCAAUGGCCAGCAGCACGUGCUGUGUGACCAGCUCCAGGCCUACACUGACGCAUGCCAGAGUGCUGGAGCCAAAGUCUACCAUUGGAGGACUCCUGACUUCUGCCGUAACCUGGCCUGUCCUCCCAACAGCUCCUACUCCCUGUGCGUGAGUUCAUGUCCUGAGACAUGUCUUGGUGUGGUCGGACCACAUGGCUGUGAGGACGUCUGUGUGGAGGGUUGCGAGUGUAACCCUGGCUUCAUUCUCAGCGACGCCAAAUGUGUGGCACUGAGAGACUGUGGCUGUGUGGACACUAGUGGAACCUAUCACCCUUUGGGUGAUGACUGGUACUUGGAGGGUUGUGAGCAAAAGUGUAUGUGUCACAGUGGAGGUCUGAUACAGUGUCAUAACACCAGCUGUAACCCAGCCACUGAGAGCUGCCAACUACACGAUGGAGAAUAUGAAUGCCGCCCUCUGGGUACAUCCACUUGCAUAGCAUCUGGUGAUCCACACUACAACCACUUUUGACAAACGCAAUUACACUUCAUGGGCAACUGCAGCUAUCUGAUGUCUAGUCCAUGCAAUGACACAAGUGUGCCAUACUUUGAGGUCCAUGCUGACAAUGAAAAUCGGUAUAACACGCCAACCGUCUCAUAUGUGAAGGCUGUCCAUGUAUAUGCACACAUGAUGAAGAUCUCCAUUCUCAAAGGUGGCACUGUGCAGUCAGGAAAACACUACACUGUCUCCAUGAACUUCGGUGUGACUGUUCGCUAUGAUGGAAACCACUUCAUGGACAUCAAAGUGAUCAAAGACUAUCAGAACAAGCUGUGUGGACUGUGUGGCGACUAUGAUGGAAAUACUAAAGAUGACUUCCGCAAACCAGAUGGAAGCUUGGCUGCCAAUGCCAAUGACUUUGGACACAGUUGGAACACGGAUCCCGAAUGUAAUAAGAAACCCAACACUACCAUCCCCGGGUGUGAUGAAGAAGACCGGGAACUGUAUGAAAGCUCUGGUUAUUGUGGCAUUCUGUGGACAAAAAUGGCCCUUUUUCUGUGUGCCACCCAAAAGUCAACCCCAAUGUAUGUACAUAAUUACUUCAAGGACUGUGUCUUUGACUUGUGUGAGCUGGAUGGAGCCAAGCCCAUUUUGUGUGAAGCCAUUGAAGCCUAUGUCAAUGAAUGCCAAGACCGUGGGGUCAGCAUUGGACAAUGGAGGAAUGAAACUUUCUGCCCCACUAAGCUGCCCCCCAACAGCCACUACGAACCCUGUGCAGAUCCUUGUCAGGAGACAUGUUUUGGAAGACCCCCCUCCUGCGCUGGUCCGUGCUCUGAGGCCUGUGUGUGUGAUCCCAGCUACGUCCUGAGUGCUGGCAAGUGCAUCAAGGAGGACUCGUGUGGCUGCAAGCACUCGAACGGUCAAUAUUAUGAGCCUGGAGAGGAGUUUUUUGAGGAAGACUGCAAGCAAAAGUGUCGGUGUGAUGCUGCCGGCAUUACCUGUGAACCCUCGGAAUGUCCCCCGAUGCACGAAUGUAAACUCCAGGAUGGAGAGCUGGGCUGCUAUCCCACUGGCUCCCAGGACUGUGUAGUCUCUGGGGAUCCUCACUACACACAUUUGACAAGAAGUACUACAGUUUCAUGGGAACUUGUACUUACACGCUGGCCAGAACCUGUAGGAAAGUACAGGUCCUUGGUCUCUGUGGAGGGAAAGAAUGAGGAGAGAGGAGUUGCAGGAGUGUCAUACCUGAGAAAACUAUAUGUGACAGUGAAUGGAAUCACUGUGAUCCUGAUGAAGGCCAGGAGAACACUGCUCCUACUUGACCAGAUGUGUGGCCUUUGCGGUGACUAUGAUGGGAACCCAGACAAUGACUUUACUAAACCCGAUGGCACCGUGGUAGGAAAUGCCAAUGAUUUUGGGAACAGCUGGCAGACAGAAGAAGAUGAAGAUGACUUCUGCACCCCAGGAACAAAGCCUGACCCGGACUGCGACCCCGACUUGGAGGCUGAAGUAGUAAACCAGACAAAUGUGGUAAAAUUACAGACCCUGCUGGACCCUUCCGCCCUGGCCUGUCCUCCCAACAGCUCCUACUCCCUGUGCGUGAGUUCAUGUCCUGAGACAUGUCUUGGUGUGGUCGGACCACAUGGCUGUGAGGACGUCUGUGUGGAGGGUUGCGAGUGUAACCCUGGCUUCAUUCUCAGCGACGCCAAAUGUGUGGCACUGAGAGACUGUGGCUGUGUGGACACUAGUGGAACCUAUCAUCCUUUGGGUGAUGACUGGUACUUGGAGGGUUGUGAGCAAAAGUGUAUGUGUCACAGUGGAGGUCUGAUGCAGUGUCAUAACACCAGCUGUAACCCAGCCACUGAGAGCUGCCAACUACACGAUGGAGAAUAUGAAUGCCGCCCUCUGGGUACAUCCACUUGCAUAGCAUCUGGUGAUCCACACUACACCACUUUUGACAAACGCAAUUACAACUUCAUGGGCAACUGCAGCUAUCUGAUGUCUAGUCCAUGCAAUGACACAAGUGUGCCAUACUUUGAGGUCCAUGCUGACAAUGAAAAUCGGUAUAACACGCCAACCGUCUCAUAUGUGAAGGCUGUCCAUGUAUAUGCACACAUGAUGAAGAUCUCCAUUCUCAAAGGUGGCACUGUGCAGGUUAAUGGGACCAAUGUCAACCUGCCACUCUCCCCGGCCCCUGGUGUUUCUGUGUUCAAGUCAGGAAAACACUACACUGUCUCCAUGAACUUCGGUGUGACUGUUCGCUAUGAUGGAAACCACUUCAUGGACAUCAAAGUGAUCAAAGACUAUCAGAACAAGCUGUGUGGACUGUGUGGCGACUAUGAUGGAAAUACUAAAGAUGACUUCCGCAAACCAGAUGGAAGCUUGGCUGCCAAUGCCAAUGACUUUGGACACAGUUGGAACACGGAUCCCGAAUGUAAUAAGAAACCCAACACUACCAUCCCCGGGUGUGAUGAAGAAGACCGGGAACUGUAUGAAAGCUCUGGUUAUUGUGGCAUUCUGCUGGACAAAAAUGGCCCUUUUUCUGUGUGCCACCCAAAAGUCAACCCCAAUAAUUACUUCAAGGACUGUGUCUUUGACUUGUGUGAGCUGGAUGGAGCCAAGCCCAUUUUGUGUGAAGCCAUUGAAGCCUAUGUCAAUGAAUGCCAAGACCGUGGGGUCAGCAUGGACAAUGGAGGAAUGAAACUUUCUGGCCGACUGUGUGUCUCUGGGGAUCCUCACUACAACACAUUUGACAAGAAGUACUACAGUUUCAUGGGAACUUGUACUUACACCGCUGGCCAGGAACCUGUAGGAAUAGUACAGCUCCUACUUUUGACCAGAUGUGUGGCCUUUGCGGUUGACUAUGAUGGGAACCCAGACAAUGACUUUACUAAACCCGAUGCACCGUGCUGCACCCCAGGAACAAAGCCUGACCCGGACUGCGACCCCGACUUGGAGGCUGAAGUAGUAAAACCAGACAAAUGUGGUAAAAUUACAGACCCUGCUGGACCCUUCCGGUAA